AUGGCCCCCAAGGCUGAGAAAAAGCCGGCGGCGAAGAAGCCCGUGGAGGAGGAUCCCGCGGCGGAGAAGGCCGAGAAGACUCCGGCGGGCAAGAAGCCCAAGGCCGAGAAGCGGCUGCCGGCGGGCAAGACCGCUUCCAAGGAAGGCGGCGAGAAGAAGGGGAAGAAGAAGGCCAAGAAAAGUGUUGAGACCUACAAAAUCUACAUCUUCAAGGUGCUGAAGCAGGUUCACCCCGACAUCGGCAUCUCCUCCAAGGCCAUGUCCAUCAUGAACUCCUUCAUCAAUGAUAUCUUUGAGAAGCUUGCCGGCGAGUCCGCCAAGCUGGCCCGGUACAACAAGAAGCCCACCAUCACCUCCCGGGAGAUCCAGACUUCUGUUCGCCUAGUGCUGCCAGGGGAGCUCGCCAAGCACGCCGUCUCUGAGGGCACCAAGGCCGUCACCAAGUUCACCUCCUCCUAGGCUUUUCUGAUGUGCUCAAGAGGGUCACCUCUCCCGCGCGUGGCUGCUUCCUUGUUGCUUUCAAGUUCUUUGCUGUAGUUAGGUGUGCGACUGCGUCAUGACUCGUGACUUUGCUAUCUUGUAAGAAUUGUGUUGUUGUAGGAACAGCACUGUUAUUUUAGUCUGAGGAAAUAGGAAUGUUGCUGCAUCGCUCUUAAUCAUGACUGUAACUAUCUUGAUCU